AUGAGCACCGAAACAUGGGUAGAUGAUGUACUAAGCAAAUUGAAGGUUAGAGAUGAAGUAGAGAAGAAGGAUUCAGAAUAUUACCUUGCGUUUAAACAAUUAGUGGAAAAGCUACUUCUGAAAGAACAGCAACAUCAUCAUCAUCAUUGCCAAAGUAACACAGAGGAGGAGGACGAAACUCCAUUUAGCUCCAAGUCACCAUCUCCAUCGACAAUCUUAGGAAUCGAAAAAGAAAAAGUCCCGCCCAGCACUAAAUCAAAGUCAAAGAGUGUUCAACAAGAUAAACUAAAGGACAACAUUAGUGAUAAUGAUGCCGCCACAGUUGUAAUCAUUAAGGAAAAUCAUCAACUACGAAAUGAAAAUGAGGACUUGAUUACAAAUUUGAACUCAAUUACUUUGAAAAAUGAGAAACUAGAGUUUAUAAUUAAAGAUAAGGAUGUACGAAUUGGCAAAUUGGAAAAAUUGGUUAGUAAAUUACAAAAGCAAAUUGAACACUUGAGUAUUGAAAUGAAGGAAAAGAACAAAACUAUUGAAUUGAUUAAUGAUGAAAACUUGACAAAUCAGAUACAAUUGAAUGUGUUGCGUGAUAGAAUUGAAAAAGAUAAGCGUUGA